AUGGCAGCAAAGAAUGGGAUGAAUGGCUACUGGGUGAAGAAGAAGGGAUCAGACAUAUUAAAAGAGCGCAAUUAUGAGCUGGGAAUUCAAACCUUCGACACCGCCAACAUCUAUUCCAACGGAGAGUCUGAGCGGAUUCUUGGCAAAGCUAUCAAGCAGCUCAACUUUCCCCGCGAUGAAAUCGUUGUCAUGACCAAGGUGUAUGGCGUCGUCGCGCGUACCCCUGCUGAGAGAUACAUGACACGUAUGGCGGAGGUUGAAGCUCGUGGAUACGUAAACCAGUCGGGUCUUAGCCGUAAACACAUAUUCGAGUCGAUCAAGCACUCACUCGAGCGACUUCAGCUUGAAUAUGUCGACGUUCUCCAGUGUCAUCGGUUCGACUAUAAUACACCUAUUGAAGAGACUAUGCAAGCCCUUCACGAUGUGAACCACUAUAGUUUACUUUACCGAGAGGAAGAAAGAGAAAUGGUACCAACACUAAAAAUGUUUGGUGUUGGGAUGAUUCCUUGGUCCGCGCUUGCCAGAGGUAUACUGACUCGCCCAGUCUCUCAAUACAAAACAACAGCCAGGUCCCAAAACGAUCCAUGGGCCAAAAAUUAUGAUAAAACCAAAGAGACGAAUGAUAAGAUUGUAUCUUCUGUUGAAGCAAUUGCAAAGUCCAAGGGAAUCAGUAUGGCUCAGGUCGCAAUCGCAUGGUGUUUAUCUAAAGAUGGAAUGGCUGCGCCAAUCAUCGGUACUACCAAAUUAGAGAAUUUAGAGGAUAUAAUCGAUGGCAUCCACGUCAAGCUCACAGAAGACGAAAUUAAGCGAUUGGAAGAGCCGUAUACACCUCAAGGCAUUGUGGGACACGCCUGA